UCUGCCUUAUUUGACCCAGAAAGAGAAGAAACUUCAGAUGAUGUCCUUUCAACAGUUGGUGCAAGUACCAAAUCUAGUCCUGAGCUCGAGCUUUUUUCAGAGGAAUAUUCGUCAUUAAUUUGGACUUCUUCAACAUGUGUGUUGGACAUUCAGAGUUUCUAAUGGUUAUGAAGGGUGGGGAACUACAGGCUGUCAAGGACGAGCUGGUGUGGCUUUUGGUGAUGCUGCAGCAACUAGAGAAAAAGUGCUGCUCAGUCCUAUCUUACAACAUUCUUAUGGCUGCUUAUGGGGCUUCUCUAUCACUAACUGAUCAGCGGAUUUUGUUCUUGGUGGCAGCAUGCGAGAAGUAUGGAGGAUCUAACAGAAAGUUCAGGCCUGUGCUCUGGGGAGAUGCUGCAGUCAGUUAUUUAGAAGUAAAGCAACACAUGGGGCCCUCAUUGAUAGAAACUCUGAAGCUGAAGCAAGUUGUGGACCACAUAGACCCAUCCAUUAUGGAAGCAUCUGUACUUCAUUUUCCCUUGCUCCGCACUGCAGAUGGCAAACAGACCAAAAGUGCUGAAAAGUUGAUGUCUCAAGCCUGUUGUUACGACCCAUGCUUUUUCCUCCCUUUGUUCUGUCACUUUCUGGGACCAGAACAUGUUGUUGAGAUCCGUCCAUUCAUCAACAACAACUGCCUUGGUCUAGUCUUUGCUGCCUUGAGCAGCCAUGAAGCAGGAAUGCGAAAACUUGCCUUUCUAGCUUUGGCCAACCUUUAUACUCAUAUAGAGGGUGCUCAUCAUCUGCCAGAGAAGAGCUUGCUACUGGCAUUUUUGGAACUUUUGCGGAACAGCCUUUCUAAAGAGAACCAAAAACUGUCCUGCACUAUUUCCCUCUUCCUUGCCAGGGCAGUCAAGAUUAUCAGUGACCCAGGUCAUAACAUGUACUGUGCCAUCCAGUCGUUCCUGCUUCUGAAGCCAGCUCUAGAUGUCAGCAGUGUACCAGAGUUCUACAAGUUUUUCAACAGCCCCAUCCCACUGGAAAGAAGUUGGCUGCUGCAGCUGCUUCAAGAUGGACUUAGAGAUACCAGUGAUCACCGUGUGUUUGAACGUCGCUAUUUUUUCAAGCUUGUUACAUCACAUAUUAGCUCCAGUCUUGGUGAUCUUAAAACUGUGCGUGGAGCUUUGCAAGUCCUCAUUAAAGGCUGCUCCAUAGCAACUGUUGCCAAGGACUGGGUUGUUGAACAUGGCUUGCUGCCCUGGUUGACUUCCUUCAUCAGAGAUUAUCUGCAGGACACAGCUGAAGACUGUCAACUGAUUAGUCAAGUACUGCACCAACUUUGGUUUACUGUGCGCUUUGGCACCUCUAGAGUGUGGUGGCUGUCACUCCCACGACUUGCCCGAAGCUUACUAAAGAGUUCCAUAUUAGCAUGCGUCCACCUUGUGUUGUCCAAAUCCAGUGCUUUGAAUAAACAGUCUCUAGAAUGGCUUUUGAGGAUUUUGCACAACCCAGAACAUCCUAAUCUGUCUGCAGUCACCCAGCCAACACCCAGCCUUGUAGCCAUGGCCUUGUGGCACCUUGGUCAUCUGGGUCAAAGCCAGGAAGCUGCUCUUGCAGCAGAAGUGGCUAGGCAGCUGUCCUUUUCCCAUGGUUUCCAUUUGCCCAGCUCAGCACAUGCCAAUGCUGCAGGACGAACAGCUAAAAGGAAACUUGAAAAACUUGAUGGCAUGACUAAUGCUACAGAGAAAGAUAACCUAGCCUAUGUUUACAGUCUCACACUGUCCCUUUUGCUUGAAUGUGAUUUAACUUGUCAUAGUGACAACAGUGGGAUGGCUUUUUCGGAUAGUAAGGCAGCCAUAGUGGAGGCUGCUUGGACUGCUGCUAAAUGGGUGCUGAGUGAGUCUCGCUGUGUGCAAUCUGGCAGCAAACUGUUGACUUUGGUAACAUGGGUGGACAAGGUUUUGACAUAUAUUGUUGAAAGUGUGGAAGGAGAUAGAGAGCGUAAACUGAAAUUGAUCAAACGCUUACCAUCGUUUCUCACCAACCUUCUAAGCAGCUAUGCUGCAAUGGCAGAAACUUUGAAACCAAGCCUUCCUUACAUUGCACCAACAAGCACACAUUGUGUAUUUGAAGCUGUGGCACACCUGCACAAGCAUGUCGAUGUUAACAUCUAUACCACUACCCUAGAACAGUUGGUUUCCUAUUGGUGCUUCAGGUGUAGCAGGGAAAAGCAGGAGGAAAAAUCAGGAUAUGUUUCUUGUGGUGAACAAACAGGCUGUUCCCCCUAUGCAGCAGUUGUAGCUUGCCUGAACAAAACGGUGGUCCAUGUCCUGGAUGUCAUGCAUCAGUCAACAGAGAAUGACAAGCUACAAACAUCACCUCAAUUGCAGGCAGCUGCUUCAUUUUGGGAUGUGAUUCACUGGUGUCAGAGCUCAGACACAAAACUUCAUCAGGAGGUGCUGUUAGCAGGUUUGGUGGAAGCGUGUCUAAAAAGAACAGCACCUGCCAGUCCACUUAUCAUGAUGAAAAUUGUCACAAGUGGUGACAAGAAACCAAAGGGUGAUAAAAGAGAAGACAGCGCAAAAACACCAAAACUCAGGAAGGGAAUUAGAAAAUCUCUAAACAGAAAGAGUACCACAUGAUUUGCGUGACAGUUCCUUUUGGUGCUAGCCUGUGUUGAUUUCAUUUACCUUAGUACUAAAGCAAAAAAAUAUGUUGCCGUGAGCCUGCUGUUGAAGUACAUUUUUUUCCAUGCUUGUGUGUGAGUGUGCGCGCGCGUAUGUACCUGAUUGAAAUCUGUUGUUCGCUUGGUACCAGGGCUUCUGCUUACGCAAAAAAUUGCGUACAGUAAGCAUUAAAAGUUCAGAGGACCCCUUCAAUUUCUGUCAAUGGGGUCCCCUUCAAAUUUGGGCGAAGAACAGGGACCCCUUCUUCAGAUUUUUAAGAAGGACCCCAAAGAAUUUAGCCUUAGCAGAAGCCCUGCUUGGUACAAUGUCAAUAGCUGUAGCAAGGAUCCUUAAUCUUUUUCUUGAAAAACUAGCCAUGGUGAGCUGGCAUCAUUUACAUGUCAUUUACUUGUAAUCUAUCAAUCUGUUUUAAAAUCCUCAGUCACCAUAAAGAAGCAGAAUUUUAUCUCACUUUUCAUGAAACUGUCAACAGCCUAUAAUUUUUGUUUGUUUGUUAUUAUUUUAUUAUUAAAUAGCUUAUGGCUCUUAA